CCUCCCAAACCCUCUUCCCUCUCUCCCUACCCAAAAGACUCUAAGACCAUUCACAUUCAUUCUAUAACCUUCACUUCUUUUCUUCUCACUUCUCACAUUACCAUAUUCCAAUAAAAAAAAAUGUCACCUUCUUUUCGCACAUCCCUCUUCCUCUUCACACUCUCCCUUCUCUUCUUCUUCUCCCUCUCCGUCUCCGCCCACAGCGGCCACCUCGACGACGACGACGACGACGACGCGGACGCCGGAGGCGACGCCACCCCCAACCUCCGUGCUCGGUCCUUGAUUCUCGCAAAGGUGUGGUGUUUGAUCGUUAUUUUUUUUGCUACUUUUGUAUCGGGCGUUUCCCCCUACAUUCUGAAAUGGAACGAGGGGUUCUUAGUUCUGGGGACCCAGUUUGCUGGAGGAGUGUUUCUGGGAACUGCAAUGAUGCAUUUUCUCAGCGACGCUAAUGAAACCUUCGGGGACUUAACUCGCAAGGAGUACCCCUUCGCGUUCAUGCUCGCGUGUGCAGGGUACUUGAUGACCCUGCUCGCUGAUGCUGUCAUUUCCUCGGUUUUGAAGAAUACGGGGCGUGACCAACCGCGUGAUGCUGAGGAUGUCCAAGUUCAAGGGGAUGAUGUGAGCAAAGUAAGUAACAACAGUGUUAGAUCUCAGUCACAACACCGGAGCCAUUCUAUUUCUAGCUCUGAUCAUCAUCACUUAGCAAACCCUGCACUUGGAUCUGUCCGUUCGCUUGGAGACACCAUUUUAUUGAUUGUUGCCCUUUGUGCACAUUCUGUGUUUGAGGGCUUAGCAAUUGGAGUUGCUGAGACCAAAGCAAAUGCAUGGAAAGCCUUAUGGACAAUCUGUCUGCACAAGAUAUUUGCAGCCAUUGCCAUGGGAAUUGCUCUCCUCAGAAUGAUUCCUAACCGUCCCCUUGUGUCGUGUGCAGCCUAUGCUUUUGCUUUUGCCAUCUCGAGUCCAAUUGGUGUGGCCAUUGGAAUUAUAUUGGAUGCCACAACUCAGGGUCAUGUGGCGGAUUGGAUCUUUGCCAUAUCAAUGGGUCUGGCUUGUGGAGUAUUUAUCUAUGUAUCAGUAAACCAUCUGUUGGCAAAAGGGUACAUGCCCCACAUACCAACAAAGGUUGACUCAGCCUAUUUCAAGUUUCUUGCCGUGUUGUUGGGUGUGGGAGUGAUAGCGGUUGUGAUGAUUUGGGACACCUAAGGUUGUUCCAAGAUAACUUCUCUUUACAGCAUUUGCAGAAUCUUUUUCUUUUUCUUUUUUUUUAUCUUUUUGAUAAUGAAUACGUACAUUACAGAAAAAGUUGUGGUAGUUCCUAGGUCAGAUUUGGUAUUUGGAUAUUCUUGUCAGAAAUGAUUUCGUCAAUCAUUUAUAAGGUAGAAAAGAUGACAGAAAUUUGCCUCAAAUGAUAGAAAAGAUGAGCAUGUAUUGAGAAUUAAGAGGACUUAUAAAAGUCUUGGGAAGAAGGGUAGUUCACAUGGAGGGUAGCCUAAAUCAUUAUAGGCAAAGGGGAACGGAGAAGAAAUAUAUACAAAGCUAUAGAAAUGAAUUUAUAGAUCAAUAGUUUGUCUGUAGACAUGAUUUAUAAUAGAAGCUAUGCUGUUAUUUAAUUCAUGUAGCCUAUACCACCUUGUGGGGAAAAAGGUUGGUUGGUGGUGGUGUGUAUACUUUAUUGAUUGAAUAAUUAUUAUGAGUUUUGUUCGUAAUACAGACA